GCCUUUGUUCGGAUAUCUUUUUAAAUAUUAACAAGUUGUCAUGUCAUCUCUAACUGGAAGAGGAGACAGAUCUGCUGCCUCAGUCAGAGGAACUCACCGGAGCACAGAAGUGCAGCAUCGUUGGGACCCAGCCUGGUUUUCUGUAACUACUAACGGGAAAGACUGCCAACCCAAGGAGCGCCCUGCCCCAGAGGGUGCCGGAGGGUCCCGAGGAGACCCACAUCGGAAUAUGUGCCAGAGAGAAGACUCCGUCCCGUCAUACAGGGCUCUGACUGGAACCAUGGGAGACCGCAUCAGGAGUACUUUGUCCUCUGGAAGCGCGACUCUGUGCAGAGAUACCAUGUCGAAGAAUCCUGGCUUUGGGAGGGCUGACAGGAAAGUUGCGUGUUGUGAGAAGUGCUCAGCGACCCUUGUGGCUCUCAAGAAACAAGCGCUGAGCCUGGCUGUGCACCAUCACUUCUCCUGCAAGGACUCCAGUGAUCUGUCUGUAUUUCUUCAUGACAACCUUCGAGUCCAUAGUCGCUCCACCUUUGAGUCCAGGGACAGUGAGAGGGAGCCGGGCGAGUGUGGAGCUUGUGGUGUAAACCUGAAUCAGCUCAAACAGGAGGCGGUGCACUUGGCUCUGAGCAGGGGUCAGUCAUUAGCAAAGCCCCCCUUUGAACCCAGCUUUAGCAUGGGGACACUGCUGGGGCAAAGUGACACUAAAUAUGGAGAAAGAGCUCGGCGGGAAGCUGCUAUGGCGGUGCAUCAACCACGCAGUCUCACCCAGAGUCCACAUAGCCCAAGAAGCCCAAAGACACCUCAGAGGACCCCUCAAAGGACCCCUCAGAGGACCCCUCAAAGGACCCCUCAGAGUACCCCGCAAACCCUAAGACGGAGGGGGCCCAAGCCCCCCUGUGACAUGGACCGUUGGGUGGAGGAGCAGCAGCAGCUGGUCGCAUCUAAACCUGUGUCUAACACUGAUGGUGUCACCAUGUACCCUUACCGCCAGGCUGCAGAUGAUGCUACGCUGGCCUGUGGUAAUGCUGGGACUGUACAGACGAGCUCAAAGAUCCCUCACAUUUCCAGAGUGGUAACCAUCGCAAACACUGCUGCAAUGUCUCUUUUAGCAAGGGCAGCAGAGAAGCUCAACCUGACAUUGAGGAAAAAGGGCCAGGCCUCGGAUCCAGCUCCCGCCCAUUUUUCCACCUGCUUCAGGGAGAUCAUCCAGAAAAACCCACCGCCUGUACCCUCCUGCCUGCUCCAAGCUGCCACCAGGACCAAGGACUCACCCAAUGUUGGCAAGGUCAAAGUCGUGCUGAGGGUGAACCCAACUCUGUCAGAGGGCCAAGGCCAACCACCUGUUCUCCGUGUUGAGCCAUUCAAGAAUAGAGUCACCAUAUUGGAACCGAUCAGCAAAAGCCAAUCACACGCUAUAAUGACUCUGGACAGGGAUGGCAAACAUCUUGUAAAGACCUUCAACUUCGAUGCUGCAUUUGCUCAAGAGUCAAGCCAGGCUGAGGUGUGUGCAGGCGUUUUGGCUGACGUCAUCCGCUGUGUGCUCAGCGGCAGCGAUGGAUGCGUUCUGGGUUUGGGAUGUGCUGAUGUGGGCUCCUGGUCUAGCAUGGUGGGGAGUGGUGAGAGCAUCCAGAAGCUCGGGCUGAUCCCUUAUGCAAUCUCCUGGCUGUACAGUGCCAUCGAGCGGCGGAGGGAGAAAACCUGGACCGAGCUGAGUGUAUCAGUGUCUGCUAUAGAGCUCUGCUGCGGAGAGGAGGACACUCUGAGGGAUCUGCUGGGGGAGAUAGUCCCUUCAUCAGGCAGUCUCCAUGACAGCCCUAAAGCUCAUGUUAGACUCCAGGAGGACCCUGUCCAUGGGAUACAGCUACGUAAUCACAACCGAGUGAAGGCUCCCACUGCUGAGCGAGCUGCCUCACUUCUUGAUGCGGCCAUUGCAGCACGUCGGCACAAUGACUUCAUUACAUAUCUGUCCCACAGCUCCAUAAUGUUUUUCACCCUCUACAUCCAACCCCCUCGUACAGAGAGCAGCACCAUUGGCAAAGGUGCACGUGGCCCAACUAAGUUGACCAUGAUAGAUGUGUGUAGUGGCAUGAGGGGUAUGAGACAAAAUAAGCCUCCAUUCUCUGAUCUGGGCCCCAUUGUCUUGGCUCUGCUUGGUGGACAUAAAACCAUUCCUAACAAGGGUAGUAAAUUGACUAUGCUUCUUCAAGAGUCUUUGAGUCAUGUCAAUUGCCAUACUACAGUGGUUGCUCAGGUUGCUGAUUCAUUGGCACAUCUUCAAGAGACAUUAUCCACCAUCCAGAUGGCAUCUCGCAUCCGCAAGACGCAGAAAAGGACAAAGCAGUCCACUUCAUGUUCUCCUUGUGGAAGAAGUUUGACAAGAGAGAAGAGAGGGCCUCAGUCUUUCUCCCUGCGUGCGUUCCACUCAACUGAUGAGGUAGACGUUGACGUCCCUCGCUUUCGUUUGCGUGGAGAGCUGGAGGAGCGCUCCAGUAGUGACCAGUCCUGUGACACAGUCAUCCAACUGGACUCUUAUGGCUUGGUCCAGUCCAAAGUCCCCCCAAGACUGGCACAACCUGAAUUUGUGCCAAUCAUACCUUCGUUGCACCCUAACAAGGCUGACAUGGAGGACCCAGAGUUUACUGCUCUGCUCCAAGAGCUUUUAAAAAUCCCCCAGCUGCAAGGAGGAAAGAAGGAGGAGAAGACUGAGGGGAACAUUGAGGUGCUGAAAGCAGAUAUGAAGCAGCCAGCGAGAGAUUGUCUUAAAUGUGACACAUUUGCUGAACUUCAAGAGCGCCUGGGCUGCAUUGAUGGAAGUGAAGCAACAAUGGAUUUGCUCAAGUCUUCCUCAAAAGGCCAUCCUGUUGAUGAUGUUACAACCAAAUCGCAACCCCUGAAAGGAACAGGGAAACAGGCAGGCGGUGCAUCAUCAGACACACCACAGAACCAGCUGAUCAAGGUGUCAGGCUGCAGCCAGACUUCUGUUGGAGAACAGCAGAAAGAUGGUGCCUUACCUGGAGACAGUUUUCAGAGAGAAGAUUCAGGUCUGUAUGAUUGUGAGGAGUGCAGUGGAACCAGUUCAAGCGAGGAACUGCUGAACCAAACUCUCAGCAUCAACAUGGCCAAAAAUGAAACUGUUAAGUCGAGUGAUAAGCCUCCUUCUCGGGAUGUCAGUGUGGAUGCUCAGGGAACAGCUGCCACUAGAUCCCCUGUACUUCAGACCACAGACAAACAGGAGAGUCCUGAAGCUGCUGAUUGGUUCAAACCAGACAAAAGGUCUUCCCCGAUUGGCAAAAGCUCCCCAAUAUCUCCCCCCUCUUCCUGCUCACUUGUAGGGAAUGUCCUACCCAAUCAUCCGGCUGAGGACGUCAAGGAAAUGAAGGCCACUAUCACAGUUACUGUUCAACAGCCAUUGGACUUAAAGGGCCAAGAUGAACUUGUCUACUCCAUGGUGGAGGAGGUGACCAUCAGUGGAGGACUGGACAGAGGGAGGACAGGUGGAAACAUUAUUUGCAUCAGGGACAGUGCACAAUCACAGGCACAUGUUCAAAGCUCUGGUAGCUCGCAACCAAUCAGGAUAAUCAGCAAUGUCAUUGAAGAGUCAGUGGCUGCAGGACCCUCCAUUGUAAACAGCAGCCCUGCAAUUCAGUCUCUGGCUAAGGAGGCAAACACUGAAAAGCCUCAGCAUCACUUCAGGAAGGAGAAUAGGUACUUACCUUCAUUCAUAAACCCCAUGCUGAUGCACACCGAGAUGGAUUGUGAGUUUAAUGAUACGAAAGAAAACAAGCGUCCCAAUGACUCUUUUCCAGGAGUUAAAUCAUCAUCCGAGCUCAGAGGGAAUACAUGUCAAGAACAUAGUAAGGCUCAGGAUAGGAGGUGUGGGGAAUUCGCUUCUGAGACACAUGCCAAAAAGUCUGAGAAAGUAUGUGACUCAUCUUUUAGCCGAGGUUCUUAUGAGCUGUUGGUCUUAGAAGAUUCAGCAUUCUAUGAUGGAGCUGCAGAAAACAAGAUGCAUAGAAAGAGGAUGAGAAAUACAGACAAGAACCACCCCAGAGACAAGGAGCAUGUUUACUCUGCUCACACUCCAAGGGGAUCAGAGGGGGAAGAAUUCAGAUCCAGACAUGUUGGAAAUGGCCCCAAGGGAACUAAUGUUUCACCUGGUUGCCAAGAAACCACUGAUGCUUAUUUUAAAACAGGUAGUUUGCCUAGAGGCUGGCAAAAUGCCAAUCUACAGGAAAGCUACCAUGGCAGUCACUUGGCAGACUACUGCAGAGACCCAAGGGGGUUGACAUCAUCCACUCCUUGUAGCCCAGGGGUAACUCUAGAGAGGAGGCAGAGAGCGAAUCACAGCGUCCAUGUCUCCUCUCCUCAGAAACAUGCCGCUGAAUACAAACAUUAUGCUAGUAGCGCUCCCAAAAAGAGUGUUGAAUCUUUGUUUGAGAGUUCAGGUCUGAGAAUGAAACAUGAUAAUACAAGUGGGAUGUUGUUGUCACCUAUUGAGGACAGUAGCAGGCAUUUUGGUGCUAAACUGGAGCACCUGGGUACCAGGACUAAUUCUCUUGGAAGGUCCCAAAGAGACCUUCCACAUCUUGACAGAGGAAGUAGUAACACUUCUUUGAGCUCUAAAGGCAGCUCCAAAGGAAGUGUUGAAGGAACCUGUAAGCGAGGUUACAAAGGAAAUAAUGAUGCAGAGUGUACAUUUCCACGGGCCAACAGGAGCCCCAGGAAGAGUGCUCGGUCUGACCAGACUCAUCAUGCAUUUCAUUCUGAAAACCACAUAACUCAAUCUGUGAGACAUAUCCAUUCCAAGCUUUCUGCUGUGGGGAAACUCAAGAUGGCUAGCCCCAAAGUCCGUCGCCUGUCUGCUUCAAGCAUCAAGAACCUCAGUCUACCACACAAAGGUCUACGGCAGUCCAUCAGCCGCAGUGCCAGUCUUUCCCCAGAUGGCAAAACUGUGAGUUUUGAGCGGACAUCAUCGUUUCUCUCCUCUUCACCUCCACGGUCUUACCAAUCGAUCAGUCGGACUCCAAGUCAAAGCUCCACAUGCUCAUCCACUAAAUCCGCCAUCCAGGGGUUUGUCAACGGCCGGAUCACAGACCUCCUCAAAGAAAGGUCCUCCAGCCCCACUUCAGGAGGACUGGACCAUUUAGCUCCACUUCCCUCGCCGUACAGCCGGAUGACUGAACCCCGAGUGCCUGAUCACCUGAGUGGGCAUGCCAGUGACACCACCAGUGUGUUGAGUGGAGAUUUGCCACCAGCCAUGGGGAAGACAUCCCUGCAUUUCUCAAACAGGAACAGUAUGGUGAGCAGUGGAUACGACAGCAUGAUGAGGGACAGUGAAGCCACAGGCAGCAGCACAUCAACCAGAGACUCUGUUAGCGACCGGAGCGGCUCUCUCCUCAGUGUGACUCGCAGCAGUCGAUCAUCUCGGAGGAGGGGGAACACAGGUACUCACCAGCGUCGUCUUUCCCAUGAUACACCUCUGUCUGUGAGACGCUCGUCUAGUGGAUUGAGGUCUCGCUGGGCGGAUCGUGGAAUCCCAGAGGCCUACGAGAUCAAGGUCUAUGAGAUCGACAAUAUGCAGCGGAUGCAAAAAAGAGCAGGUGCUGGCAAACAGGGGCCUGCAAGCUUCAGUGCCAAGCUGAAGUUUUUAGAGCACCGUCAGCAGAGGAUCUCAGACGUCCAGGCCAAGUACAACACUCUGAGGAGAGAGCUCGAGCACGCAAAACAAAACCUGAUGCUGGAGCCUGCUAAGUGGAACCAAGAAUUCGACCUGUGGCAGACCUUUGAGGUGGACUCCCUGGAACAUCUGGAGGCCCUUGAAGUGGUGACCACUCAGCUGGAGAAGAGGGUUAACAUCUGCAAGGCCAACGUCAUGAUGAUCACCUCCUUCGAUGUGUCCACAAAGAGACGGCAAAAGAAGCGACGUCAAACAAAAAACAAAAAACAGAGAAAAGAGCCUUUAAAGGAAAUGUGAGCUGAGUCAAUCCUUGGUUAAAUACAGUACCUGACUAUCACUUUUAGUCGUUAAAUUCCAAAUGUGUAAAUGUGCCACACACUUGAUCCUAAUGCUAGUUUUAUGUGCCACAUUACCUCCGCUCCUUUUGAGUUAACAUGGUGCUACAAACUUUGGUUGUGUUUAAUAAAAUCCCAAAUCUUACCCUUCAUAAGGUCAGAGAAUUGGAGUCCAUAACAGAGCUCGUCCUACAUCUGUAAGGAAUUCAUCAGUCACACGUAAAGGGCUCAUAGCUGCUACAACGCUGUUUGAAACCUUUUUUUAUAUCGCAUUUUAAAUGUCAGAAAAACUCAUAUCUGUCAUAGCUCGUGUCUGUCAUCAUACAUGUUGAUAAGCAUGCUUUUUGAAAUGCUUCGUGACGUCUAUUUUAAGCUGCCAGUUCACUGGAUGUAGCAUUGGACAAGACAUUUUAGUGGGACUAAAGGGCAAAUAUUCCUCUCCUGUAAAAGAAUCUGCAGAGCAUUUAGUAGUAGUCUUUCUUUAAGGUGACAAAGUUGCAGAUACUAGUGGACCCAAAAAGACUGCAGGCUUUCUUCAGGUUAAAUUCAGACAGAGCACUUGAAAUUGGAAAAAUCAUUUUAUAGAUAGUUCACAUUUCUCACACUUUCAUCAGGUUGCUAAUAGUCUGAUUUCACUCCUCAGGAGUCGUUUCUAUAAGAUGCAUUCUUUAAAAUCGUCUGAACAUGCAUCUUUUGCUUACAGACAGCUAUUCAAGCAAAAAAGUUAAGUUUUAGCAAUACAACAUUUCACUAAAUACAGUUUCAUUUGAUGUUUGUACUUUAAGUCUUUUAUGUUGAAGUUAAUUCUGGUUAAGUCAGACGUUGUUGCGAUACUUGAAGCAGUCUCAGACCACUGAUAUGUUCAGUUUGCCUAAAAGUUGUUCAUUUUUCAUACUUGAUAAACAUUAGAGUAGACCACUACAACAUGUGUUCCAAAAAGAGCAUGCCAUUUUGUACACAGAUUAUGGUGCUAAAUACAAAUAUAGAACCGGAAACAGGCAGCUUCACGUCUUAACAGCUGCCUGGUGGAGCUGCCUGAGGUAAAGAGUAAAAGAUUUAAGGAUGCAGUCUGUGCCUACAGAAAGACUGUGAUCGAUAAACUGGACAUUAAAACACAUUAGUAAAUGAUUGGUGGCAGAAUAAAAAAAUGUUCAUUCCACUCUGGGAGUAAUGGAGGAGUAAUUACAUUACAGGAAUAACGUCAUCAUGUCUAAAGAGCCUCGUGCCUCUGAAGUCAUUGAGACAAUAAUAGAAGAUGGACUGAUGCAUACUAAUCAAUGGACACUGUAGGUCUUUCAACCUGGAUCAAUGCAUUUAAACACACAGAGAACACACACACACACACACACACACACACACACACACACACACACACACACACACACACACACACACACACACACACACAGACAGACAAACACACACAUUCUGGAUGUCUGUUUUGUGAAUCCAAUUAUUGAGCAUGUUGUACAUCACUGUUUUAAAUUACCACUGCUGUUUUGUUUUGUGUUGUUGUCCAUAAUGCAAACUCUGCAUACCUUGUUUUGUCAAAAUAAAUUAACUAUGCAGCUCCUGCUUCCA